GUCAGAGGGCGGCUCUUUGACUGCUUUUUACGCAUCAUUAUAAAGGCUUAACUCCCUCCCUCUGCGCGCUGUCCCGCUCCUCCGCUGCCAGCCCUCAGUGUCUGGAUCCAUGUUGUAGCCUAGAUUGACGGGUUGACAUAACAGCCUAUAAAGAUUGAACGUUUGUUUACUUUUUACCUCCUUUUGGGUGCUUUUUCCCCCUUUUUAUUCACCUGCAUUUGGAUACCUCUGACUCACUUAGGCAUUGGAUAUGUGCACACAGGAUGAUGACAACCCCUUUCCUCCCCGUAGAAGUAAAAUAAAAUAGGCUUUCGCACACACUGGAUUUAGGCUACUCCUGUCGUUCCAUAUGAAGAAGUCAAAAAGUUGGAUACGCGUCUGUGUCCGUUUCCUGCUGCUUAUCACGCUUGGGGUACCUUCAUGUACUUUUGGUUCCUUCCAAAUCACAGAUGACAUCUCAAAACUUUCUGUUUUGAAACAAAAUAUUCCAAGAGAUUAUAAUAUUUCUGUGCGCUACAUUCCAAAAGAACUGGCAGGGAUGUGUUGGGUAAAAUUAAACAUCUUUUUUAUGGAGGAAAGUUUAAACGAACUGGCAAAAAAAUUUGGAAAUGUUUCAUCCAAUAAAAAUGACAUUAAAAUAUUCAUUGACAUGCUUCAAUAUAUGCGAUUGCCACUAGGUAAUCUGGAACCAUUAAUGUAUGACUUUGAGUGCCACUUCAGAAAUGAGCAGUGGCAAACAGAGCAAUACUUUGACUAUGUCAAAGACCUCCUCAAAGCUGCAGAAGACAACAUUUCAGAUGACUGUGAUCCCCCCCCCUGUCCUACCAGUCUUCCUACAGAGACAUUCUCUACCUACAGUAUAUGCACAGGAUGUUCUCCCCGGACAGCAACGUACUAUGGUACUCCUGAGAAGUUGCUACAAAGCCUUCCCAUACUCUUUAUUCCCCUUCUUGCCCUUGUUUUCCUGCUGGUGUGGAAGCUCCAAUCAAAAAGGAACGAGGAGAUUUCUCAACAGUACCCUUUAGAUGGACUCUUCACUAGAACAGAAGGGACACAACCUCCUCAAGAUGAAGCAUCUGAAACACUGAACAUCACUGAAACAGUGUAAAGUUCUGAUUGUUGAUGUAAUCCAGCGUUAAAUGGACUCUGCUCUUUUCCCUGUGUUGGUGUCCAAAGGUGGAAGAACAAACAGGAAAGUAAAUACUCUAAUGAGAUCACUGAAGUGGAAGUCCUUUUUUUGACCUCUUUUCUGAUCCUGAGUGGCAAUUUGCCACAAACAGAAAGCAUCUGGUUAAAUCACGGCUGACACUGUUUGGAUGAUUGCCUUUUACUAUAAGACUGCAUUUAGCCUGUUAUUUGGAAAAUCAUAAAAAGACUCUUUACACCCUUCCGGCCCCUCGACCGCAAGCCCUGGAUUCUCCGGCUCCCAUUUUAUCAUUCACCAGAACCUGCAGCAGCCUCUUCAACUGCUUUCUUUUUGUUUUGAAGCAUGUUUCUUCAGACUGCCCAUGAUUGUGGCCAUCACGAAGAAAAAAGAGGAGAGACUGACUCUGGUGAUGCUUUAUUUGAACUGAGGCAUGAAUUACUACCUCUGAUGACCCACAAGUUAACCACAUCCUCAACAGCUCCCUAGCUCUCCUUCAAGUCCGGGGUUACCCAAACAAUAAUAAUGUUAAGUGUGGUAGUUCCAAAGUGUAGUCCUGUUGUCUGGUUUUAGGUUUGUACCCAUUUGGGUGAACAAUGUAUUUAUUUAUUGAUGGUGACUUUUAGCUUCUGCUUUUCUUUCAGUUGAAGUGUUUCAAACAGUCAUUUAAGAGCACCUUUACUAAUGGGCCGGAUUUAAAAAAAACUGUCUGUACUAACUCUUGUAACCCUCACUUUCCUCCUGAAAAAAUUCUAUUUCGGCGAUUGAUGUUGUUUAUAUGACCUGGGCAACUUUGAAAAUGUAAAUGAGUUACACAAACAAAAAAACAUGUGUGAAAGAAGAACCCAUGUCUCGAGUUUGUAAUGUUAAAAACCUUUAAAUGCAAUUCUUUAAUGAACAUCAAGUAGGGUUUUAGUGGUUCCUCCUAGAACAAUGUGAAUUCCUCAGAGUUUCAGGCUCAGAGAAAAGAACGCAGUCUCCCCUUCAUGCCUGCACCGGCUCUGCUUUUCAUACCAUGGUGUACUUCAGGAAGCAUUCAGUAACAGUACUCUCUUUGCUCCAAAAUAGGCCCAAAUCGAAAACUUAGACAAAUAAUUGGAUAGAUACCUAAAUUAUUUGAAUGGUAUAUUGAGUGUUCAUUUCUGGACCAGUCAUGAGUCGAACAAGAUCAUGUUCAAUCUGUUCUGUCUGGCCUCACCUUGUCCAGUGAUUCUGCUUUCCUUGCAUAACAAGUCAGUCUCAGAGUGCAUUUGAGGUAUUGAAAAGAAAAAAUAAAUGCUAUUUUUAAUGUUUUUAAAUUACUUAGAAAAUGCACUUUACUGUGUUCCAUUCCCUCCAAAACUCCCAAAGGCAGAAAGAAAUAUAAAUGAAGCAUAUUUUUGCCUUGACGUUUUGACAAACAAACACAUUUCCGUCCUACUUCCAUUUGGCGCAACUUUAAAGUUGCAAACUUUAAAGUCUAAUAGGCUAAAAUUGUGGAAAAUGAGGUAUUGCGAUUCAAAAUUUAAUCCACAACAGUGCUUUAUAGAACUCAUUCCUAUAGAGGUUUUGAGAGGAGUGGCACAUCUAUACAUUUCAGAGAUAUGAGACUGCAGAAGCUAGAUGUGCAUCCUGCAACAGUUCCAGCCCAUCUGUUGAGGAAAUACAGGCAAAGUGCUCCCUUGUGAGUAAAAAACAGUUUUUAUGUUGAAUCUACAUGGAAGUAUGCUAAGUUCAAUGGCUUUUUCUUUAAAUGCUUUUGUAAAAGCUAGUGCUCACACUUCAAUACUGUUAAGCCAGUACCAUCCGUUUUGAUCAUGUUUUAUCUUUCUAUAACUCCUCUGCAUAAACCUGAAAAUCAUGUUUUCCAAGCAACGAAUAGAAAGCAGCUGAGUCAAAUAUACAUGUCUGUGGUUUUCUUUUUCUUUUUUUUGAAUACGGUGGGUGACUGGCAAAAAUCCUCGACCAGGAAGGAACCUAGUAGGUCAGUGACAGAUGCUAGAAUUUCAAAUCAGUGUGAAAAUUACAAAUAAAACUCAGUGAAAAGGUAGGAGUGUGAACAGGACACGCUGGCUGUGACCUUUCCCAUCAGUCAAAUAACUGAAAUUAAUAGAAGUGACAGGAGAAAAAAAGCUGUUUCUGUAUCUUGUUUGAGUAUUUCUAUCAUGUCUGUGGUCUUACUUUGUACCGCUUUUGCUUUUGUGCCUUGUUUGACUAGUGUGAGUGACUCAUGUGUAAAUGUGUAAAAGCCUGUAUGUAUUUUUUUGUGGUAGCAGAAAGUUUAAACCAACCCACCUAUUCCCCAGUCUCCCAUGGCUGUUAAACAAGAAUUUAGUCACAACCUUUAUUGAGUUAUGAUAUGGUACAACAUUCCCUUCUUAUGGAAAGCGUGAUAAUUGACAAAUAUAUCAGCUGGAUAAAUGUAUGUGCUUGUUACAUUUCUCUUCAUAUUUGUACAUUUUAGAAGCCACUUCAGCAAACUGCUGCUUACCCAUGUAUUUGGAGCUAUAUAUGUUGAGGGAGUUUUCUUAUAAAAGGCAAGAGUAUACUGUGCAACAGGGAGCCAACUUAAAAAGAAUAGAUAAAAAACAAAAGAAAUGAGCGUAUACCACAUUGGUGUCCAUAUAAAUGAACAGUACCUUUCAGCAUUAAUAGCUGGAGGUUAUUCUUGUUUGUUUUUUUAAGAUAAAGUUUAUUGUGUUGAAGAAGAUCAUGUGAGUUCCAAAUUGUUGAGAACAACCAAUGGCAACACACUAUCUGUGCCAUAUUCUUUAUGGCAGUUUAGAGCUGAGUAUGUGUUAGAGAAGUGCACAUCUGCAUCGUUAGUCCUUCAAGAAGAACAUCAGUGGAAUGGUGAAGUGCUAUGAUGUAGAAAUCUUUAGACAGUUUUAUCUAUUUGACGAUGCAUUCUGAUCUAUAUCAGUGUACCUCCUAUGACGGUUUAGACCUGACUUUCUCUUGCACCACCCUUAAGUGGGACCAUCUCAAGCAGUAUCCAGUAUUCUGACAGAGACACAAUCUGGUCUAUCCACAAACUAACCAUGAGACAUACCAUUAUAUUUGAAAGUUGCUUUUUAUACAUAGUCUUUGAAUAUAAUGAGCUAUAACAGUUCUAAGCUGUGAAGAAACAUAAAUAAAUAACAUGGUUUCCCAUUUUCCUGACUUUGUGAGAGCCAGAAAAAGUUGGUGUGUCUGAUGCUUCGGCAUGAGAAACCAUGCAUUGGUCGAAAGAAUGACUGCCCCGAAAUGCUGUUCCUUUGUAGGUCUAUGUGAGGUCUGGGAGGGAGCAGAGUUGCAUCCGUAACAGUGCUUUAGGGCACGAGUGUCCCAUCCUGUCCCACUAAAGUGGGCGAUUCAAAUGGCUCUAGGCAGGAAAUAAGUCUGGGUGCCAAAAGUAAAUAUAAUAGAUACCCAGUUGAUACUCUGGGUGAAAUCUCUACUGUAUUCUGUAUUUUUGUAUAAAUGUAAACAAACAUAUAUGAAAUAUUGAAUAAAGUACAUGUAUCCAAAUGUCA